CUUGAGGACUUCGUACUUUCUGGCUGCUUCUGCGGGAAACCUUUUUAUCUCCGCUUAAGUCCGCCGCUCCGUCAUAAUUUCGCACGCCACUGCGCGUUAUUUCUUGCUAACAUUCAAGUCUUGAUCAACCCCGUUCCGAUCCCCUACUCAUCUACCUUGUCACCUAGUUAAUUGGUAACGACUUUAUAACGAGAAUUUCAGUUCACGAUCUGUAAUGUGGAGUGCCACGCUCCGCCAGCCACCGGCGCGAUGGAUUCGGGCGCCUGGCCGGGCACUUUCGAGCUCUUUCACCAGAGGACGCAUCAGUCCUCGCGGCCCUCGCAAUUCCAUACGCAGGUCAGAACCGCUUAGAAGAGAGCGAAUACCCGCGAACGCAGAAACGAAUGAAACCGGCUCUUCCAACCCCGAGUACGACCCAUCGCAAAACUCACUACUUUCUCCCGUCCAUAUACCCGAGGAUCCGCAGGCCGUGCUCAAGGAGACUCAUCCAGCGACGGGGAUAUUGGCCAAUUCUGGGCUAGUGGUCCAGCGACAGCUGGAGUUGAUGAAUGUGAUGAUGUUAGUGUUGUCUCUUUACCGUUCAAUAUCAAGCCUGUAAACUAACUUCUUGGUGUUAUCUUGCGACAGCGGGUUUGAACAAGCCAACAAGUAUGUGAUCAUGGAUGCAAACGGAAACCAUAUUGGGUAUAUGGCAGAGCAGGAGAAGGGCAUGGCAAGCAUGAUGGCUCGACAGUGGUUUCGCACACAUCGAGGCUUCGUGACGCAUGUGUUCGAUAGACAUGAGAAUGAAGUGCUUCGAUUUCACCGUCCUUUUUCCUGGAUCAACUCUCGUAUCCGAGUAUACAACCCCCUUGACAUUGCAGCCGGUAGCAACUCUUCCACAAGUGUUCAACCGGUCCAGCCAGGUGCACUGGCACAGGCGGCAGAAGCCUCAAAUGCUCGAGUCUCGCCACUAGGAUUUGAUGAAAUGCGUGUGGUCGGGGAAGCCCAGCAACAGUGGGCGCCGUUACGGCGGAAAUACAACCUCUUCACCUACCACGCCUCGCCGGACCCAGCGACGGACAUGCAAACACAGAGUUUGCCCCUUUCACAGUCGGGUCUUUCCGGCGCGCAACAGAUGCAGCUUACACAAUCGACACACAACGGGCCAGGACAGGGUGAAUACAACCAAUUCGCUUAUGUUGAUGAACCCUUCUUGUCAUGGGACUUCGGUCUUCGUUCGGCGGAUAGCCGCCUAAUAGGAUCAGUCAAUCGCAAUUUUGCUGGAUUUGCUCGGGAGAUCUUCACGGAUACCGGUGUAUACGCCCUGCGAAUGGACUCGGCAGCCCUCGACGCUGAACAAGCAGCUGCACAAAACAAUGCUGUUACGGGCAUGACUCUCGACCAGCGUGCGGUGAUGUUGGCUACGGCGGUCAGUAUUGAUUUUGACUACUUCAGUCGUCAUAGUGACUCUGGCGGCUUUGGUUCCUUCCCUCUAUGGAUCCCUGGAUUCGGUGGAGACGCUGCUGCUGGGGGUGCGGCCGGGGGCGCAGCCGCUGGUGAAGCCGGUGCUGUAGGGGAGACCGCCGCAGGGACGCUGGGUAGAGCCGGCGCUGCUGGAGGCAUGGCCGACAGUGCGGCGGCUGGAGCUGCAGGCGCAGGAGCCAUGGCAGGAUACGAUGCCUUAUCUAGGGGCAUGUCGGCGGAUGGUCAGUCCCAAUCCGCUUCACCAGAUCAGCACCCGCCGCCAAUGGAUCAACAGUCGCCGACUUCCGGGCAAACAGGUCCCUACGGAGAUGUUUGGGCCGAAGAAGAAGAUCCUUGGGGCCAUGGUCAGGAGGAUCCUUGGGCCGACGACGACCUGGGCGAUGGCGGCGAUGACGACUUUUUCUAAUCGGCGUUCAGACACGGUCAAUUAUACUGGGCCUUGCCUAUUUUCUCCUCUCAAUUUUUAGAUCUUUCACCUAAUCCUAAUCUGAAGGUCCCAGUCACACCACCGGUAAUAGACAGAACCUGCGACAUGGAAAGUGGCUCGGUGCGCGGGCAGGGCUAUACGUACAACAUCCAUAGGAUAGGAGUACAAAGAGCAAGGGGCUUGGUCUUGAGCCAGUGGCGUCCAUAUAUUGUGCAAGAACUGGAUGUCAAGACAAAGAAACGUUCCCGGGCUCUGGUUUGGUGCGGACCUUAUCUGCUAACAACGAAAGAAACCGCGGCCGUGCAUGAAACACAGAACCUGUUCUAGCCGAAUCAAGAUCUUGCGUCUCUUUAGGUGCUUAUGCACCAACAGCAUCUAAUUUGUCCGCGGUGAUCCCUUGGCCUGCGGGAGUCCGCUUACGCUCAUUGAAACAUUGACGGGAGCUGCUUACGGUGUAUAUUAUAGACAGUUUAGGGUAGAAGAUAUCCAAGUCAUUUGGCUUUUGAACAGGGGCUUAUAUACCCAUGACGUAGAAAGUGAAAGGAGAUUGCAUUGAUCUGUAUACU